GAAGGUCCCCCUGAGCCUUCCGUUUUCCAAGCUGAAGAGCCCCAGCUCUCUCAGCCUGUUCUUGUAGGGAAAGUGCUCCAGAUUUCUGAUCAUCUUCAUGGUCCCCCUCUGGACCCAAUGCAGCAUAUCCAUGUCCUUCUUGUGUUGGGGGUCCCAGAAAUGGAUGCAGUACUCUAGGUAGGAUCUCACAAGACCAUUUUAGGUGGGCAGAAAAGCAGAGUAGGGGGGCGACAGUGAAUACCGUGAACGCAUAAAGUGAUGUUUUUGUGCUAUAGUCCCUGUACUUAAUUGUUUUUUAUAUUUUUUUUAAAGUUAGUUUUAAAGUACAUCAUGAUAUAUAUCUAUUUCAGUAACAUAAUCGCUUUACUUUGUUGUUAAUGAUGAAACAGGCUGUGUUUCCUUCAAGAAUCGUGCACUGUGAUUUAAAUGCUCUUGUGGUCAGACCUUGGAUGGACAUUGAGAGCUGUUUUAUAACUCAGAAAAUGCUAUCAAAAGAUGGAGGUGAUAAUAGGCAAUUUAUUUUCUGUAUUAAUUAUUAUCAGUUACUGCUAAUGAAUAGAACAGGAGGAACAGAAUCUUCUGAGAGAGUAAGCCUUCAAAAGUGAAAUACUAGACAGGAGGGAAAGAUGGUAGAAAAACAAUUAAGGAAACCACAACAAAGAGAUCCUUUGACAUUGUAAUAUCUGUGAAAUAGCAAUAAACAAGAAAACAUUCCAGUGAACUUUACUUCGUUUUCUUUCUUCUCUUUUGAAGAACUUUGAGAACUCAUGUUGACUUUAAAUGAUCUGAAAUCAGUGCAACCAUUUCCUUCAGCAAAGUGAAGGCUGAUAACUGCGGAUGACUACUGCUACUUUAAAGAGGGGAAUGGAGCUUUUCAGAUUGCUUUGUGAAUUAUGAAGGUUCCAGGCUUUUCCUGUAUAGAAAUCUGAUCAGAAAGUUGCAUUCAAAGCUGUUCCUACAUGAUUUUUGAAUUGAAAACAAUGGGAAAGAAAGAUGCCUCUACAGCAAGAACUCCUGUUGACCAAUACAGGAAACAAAUAGGAAAGCAAGAUUAUAAGAAAACCAGACCUAUGUUAAGAGCAACGAGAUUAAAAGCAGAAGCCAAGAAAACUGCACUAGGCGUGAAGGAAGUUGCCCUUGUCCUUGCAGCUAUAUUGGCACUUCUGUUGGCUUUUUAUGCUUUCUUUUAUCUUAACAUUUCCAGUGAAGUUGACCUUGAUCUGGAUCCAGAUGAAAACUAGCAGAUGCAAUUAAUCUAUCAUCAAGAUUUCUUCAGCUUGAACAAGACUACAUAGGAACAAAGUCCCUUCACUGGGAGACAGUAAACAAUGCCAUUUCUUGCAGUCCAAAUUCAUAAGUUUUGCAGUACGUUACUUCUACAUUCCAGAUCUCCAGAAGAAAGGAAGAACACUCAUGCCCUGCAAGCAUAUUUGGUUCAUGCCAAAAUCAGGAGCUGCAGCACAAUACGGGAAGUUUAUUGUUUACAUUAUAUUUUCUCAGGCAGAGAACUUUGAUGUCAAAAGACAGGUGCUAUUAUUAUCUUGGGUAUUGAUGCUGACUCUGCAGGAGAAGAAUCUGCCUUGACCAAAUUUAGGAAUCAAAGCUUCCUAAUAGCUGAAUUAGGUUCUUUUUCUUUUCCCAAAAGAAAGCGGAAAUAUCAUACCAAAAAAAAAAAAAAAAAAAAAUCCUUUAUUGAUUUGUAUUUAAAGUAUAUCAACCCCCCCCCUCUUUCUUUCUCUCCCUUUUUAUCUUCCUUUUAAACGUGUAUGCACAAAUGCACUCCCAAAAGAUGGAAGAAAUUGUAGGAAAAAAUUAUCUUUUUAGAAGCAGUCUGUCACCUCCUAUAUGGACUUAAUUUCAUGUCAUCCCAGAUUCUGUGUGCCCAUAUAUCUACAGUAAUCUUUUUCAUUCUUUUGCCAACUGUUCAGCACACAUGUGUUCUGUCAGAAAUGGCACCUGGAUGACAGAAGCUCUAACAUUCGCAUAUGCCUCUGAAACACAGUUCUUUGCCUCCUGUGCUGUCUGAACUAGUGUAAAUAGAAAGUUCAAUCGAUGUUGGAUUUAAUUAGUGUAUUGCUCUAUUAUUAAUAAAAAGUCAAAGUUGUAUUUUAAUUAUAA